AUGCCAGGAACAGUAAUCACAGAUAGAAGAGGUAGUCAAGCUUCUGAAACUUUCGACACGGAUGUCAUCACAUUACCCAGAUUCUUAAUCAAUAGUCAAAUUCAAUUCAACCAAAAAAAAAAUGCUCUAAAUCAUAAUAAUAAGUUCAACGUCGUCACCACUGGUGAAUUCACACUUUUAUUAAACUCAUUACAAUUUGCCUUUAAAUUUAUUUCACAAACCAUUAGAAAAUCUGAAUUGAUUAAUCUGUUGGGGUUAGCAGGUGAAGGUAUUUCUAACGCCACAGGGGAUGUUCAAAAAAAAUUGGAUGUUCUAGGUGAUGAAAUUUUCAUCAACACUAUGAAAGGUUCCAAAAACGUCAAACUGUUGGUUUCAGAAGAACAAGAAGAUUUGAUUUAUUUCCAAAAUAAUGCAGGUACUUAUGUCGUGUGUUGUGACCCCAUUGAUGGUUCAUCCAAUUUGGAUGCAGGUGUCUCUGUGGGGACUAUUGUGUCUAUUUUCAAAUUGAAACCAGGAUCCAAAGGUACACUCGAUGAUGUAUUAAGAUACGGUCAUGAAAUGGUAGCUGCAUGUUAUGCAAUGUACGGUGCCUCUACACAUCUAGUCUUGACCACAGGGUCUGGUGUAGAUGGGUUUACGUUAGAUAAUAAUUUGGGUGAAUUCAUCUUGACCCAUCCAGAUUUGAAAGUUCCUGUUCAAAGAUCCAUCUAUUCCAUCAAUGAAGGUAAUUCUUAUUAUUGGACUGAACAAAUCACUUCGUUUAUUUCUUCUUUAAAGGAUCCUUCCAAACAAAAAGACAACAAGCCUUACACUGCAAGAUAUGUAGGGUCUAUGGUCGCAGAUGUACAUAGAACAUUCCUAUACGGUGGGCUAUUUGCCUACCCAUGUGAUAAGAAAUCUCCAAAUGGGAAAUUAAGACUUCUUUAUGAAGCUUUCCCCAUGGCAUUUUUAAUGGAGCAAGCUGGUGGGAAAGCAGUCGAUGACAAGGGGAACCGUAUCUUGGAUUUGAAACCAAACUCUAUCCAUGAUAAAUCUUCCAUCUGGUUAGGUUCACCAAAUGAAAUCGAUUCGUUUUUGAAGCAUAUUCAAAAAGAUUAA